AUGAGUCUGAAGUACAAGGACAACAAGCUGACCCCAAUGGAGAGCGUCAAGAGGACAAAAUCAAACUAUAAGGCCAUAAUGACCUCCCUGAAGAGGGCCAUCUGUAUCUCCACUUUACAGAUGGACUGGAAAGCUUGUAUUGAACAUUUUAAGAUGAAAAAUUCAUCCAUCGUGUCUUCGAUUGUAUUGGAAGCUUUUUACAGAAUGGAGGACCUUAAAUACCUUUACUUUGUGACAUUUCUUGUGUUAUACAUGCUUCUACUCUUUGCUAACGCCAUUGUGAUUUUUGUCAUAAUUAUCAACAAAGUUCUUCAUAAUCCUAUGAAUUACUUUCUAUGUAACUUGGCUGUAAAUGGCAUCUACGGGGGCACAGCUUUGCUUCCCCCCUUGCUGGGUACUUUAAUGUCUCCUUCUCAUGAGGUAUCUUUGGCAUGUUGUAAGGCUCAGAUCUACUUCCUGCACACAUAUGCUAUCAUAGAGUUCACCAUCCUGUCAGUGAUGUGCUACGAUCGCUAUGUGGCCAUCUGCUACCCGCUGCAGUAUCACAGUAUUAUGACGAUCACAAAAGUGUAUAAACUGAUUGCCUUCUCAUGGGGGUAUCCUUUAGUGAUAUUUGCUGUGUUUUUUAUCAUGACUCUGCGCUUAACAAUCUGUCAAAAUCGCCUCGGGAGGGUUUACUGCCUCAACUUUUAUCUGGUCAAAAUGUCUUGUGGGAACACAUAUAUUGAGAGCAUUAUGGGAUUGCUUUUUCUUGUUGUAUACUCUUUUCCUCAGCUUGCAAUGACUUUCUAUUCAUAUGGACAUAUUCUGAAAAUAUGCUUUACUGCCACUAAAGAGUCUAAAAUAAAAGCACUGAAGACCUGCACUCCACACUUAUUUGCAAUACUGAACUAUAGUGUGGGAUGUUUUUUUGAAAUUGUACAAAGUCGUUUUGACACAAGUUAUCUUUCCUUUGAAACGCAAAUGUUUAUGUCUCUUUAUUUCUUGAUAUUUCCUCCCAUUCUAAAUCCAGCUAUCUAUGGGAUGAGUGUUAAAACAUUAAGAGCCAAUAUUUUUAAACUGGUUUGCUCUAAAAAAAUAAAAAAGGUUAUUGUUUUUAAAGUAGGAUCUUUGGAACACAAGUGAGAGUGUAACAAAGGCAAUACUGUUCUCAGUAUGAGAAGCAAGCAGCUGAAGUCUAAUCUGUGAAGUGGAAACACAACUAAAUGA